UAGAAUUUGAAAAAUAAUUGCUAUGUGCUUUUAUUAAUUAUAUUUUAAUCACGUGAUAGUGAUAUUGCUGUUCCGCCAUCUUGUGUGAAAAACAUAGAAAAAACUUCCUGCUAUUGGGAUAACGAUGAGUUAUCAAUUAUUGGUAUCAUCGGUGAGAGUUGCAGGUAAAAUACCUUUGAGAGCUCUCUCAACAACGUCACCAAAAUGCCAACAACAGGAAGUGGUUAAUCUCUCACAGGAACAAAAAGAUAAAUAUUACCCAAAGAUAGGAAACAGAGAUAUUGUUGGUUCAGGUCAUAGUAUAAGGCCUGGUUAUGAAGACAGAAGUGAUUAUCCUUUUCCCGCCUUAAGAUGGAAGCCAAACACACCAGAUGUGACAGCACUCAGAGAAAAAGAAGUGGGGGAUUGGAAAAAUCUUACAAUGGAGGAGAGAAAGAGCUUAUACCGAGCAAGUUUUUGCCAGACCUUUGCCGAAAUUAAUGCUCCAACAGGGGAAUGGAAGCAAGUCGCAGCUGCAACCUUAAUGAUAAUGUGGCUCACAGCUGCUUGGAUGUGGUGGUGUGAACAUUUUGUAUUUAGUAAACAAUUACCUGAAAGUAUGACAGCAGAGUAUAAAAAGAAAAAUAUAGAGAGAAUGGUAAAACAAGGUCAAGAAGAAAUGACUGGAAUUAGUUCACAGUAUGACUUUGAAAACAAGAAAUGGAAGGGGAACAAAUGGUGGUAAACAAAGAGUAGUUGUAGAGUAAUUGUGAGACAUUUGCAAGGUGUGUGUUUGCAGAUUUCAAAAAUCAAAGUAGUGUGUACUUGAAGAAACUAAAAUAAAAAUAAAAAUAU